AUGGACUACGAGCAGUACAACGCACUCCCCACUCUCGAACAAGCCAACGAGGCUUUCACUCCUCAGGAUCGCGAUAGGAUCCUGCCCAAGCUCACACAGCUUUUCAACACCCCUGCUUAUCGCGACACCUACGCCUUCGGGCUCGUCCACCGACACUUUGAACUCAAAUCUGGGGAGCAAAUGGUCACCACCAAUCUCGUCACCUCGCCCGAGAUCCUUAAUCCCCAAGAUCCCACCGUCGUACCCGAUAGGUGGACCGCGGAUGGUGUUGCGUUCGAGUAUACGCGCCUUAAUCCUGGGGCGACAGCGACGCCUGUUCCGUCUGCGGAGCUGUUGAAGGCCUUUCGUGCCAUUGUUGGGCCGGAGUUGGGGAGAUAUGUUGGGAUUUUUACCAAUCCCAAGCUUGGUCCUGGGAGGACCCUGAUGGACGGCACUGAGAAUGCUGAGAAGCGACAGCAGUCCCUCCGUAUCGUCGAUAUUUUAAGUAGGGCUGGGUGCAGCUGUGGCCCUGGUGGAGGCUGUGAGUGCGGCGCCUGCCCUGAUCCGAAAGCCUGCGAGCACUGGAUCACUGCUGCAUGGUUUGCCUAUCAAGGAGAAGAUUCUAACAUGGCGGUUGCGAUGGAGUGUGUCAAGUGUAAUAUUCGGUGCCCUUAG